CAGCUCGCGAUUUUGAUGUCUCUGUUCCCUUUAGAGGCCUUGACCAGCAAUUUCAAUGCCCGGCGAAGCUGGCCAUGGACCCUCUCAGUGUAACGGCGAGUGUCAUAGCUGUGCUGCAAGCUGCGAAUACAAUCGUCUCCGUUUGUUGCGACUUUCGCGCUGCAAUCAACACCCAACCAUGGGCGCUAUCUCGCAUCAUCAGCUCUACCAAUGAGCUACGGCUGAUCCUCAAUCGUCUUGAGCAAAUAGCCAAUGAGUCUGAGUUGAACUUCGACGAAACAAACAUUUCGCGGGUAACCGCCCUGGAAGUUCUUUGCCAGGAGGGAGGAGCAGUUCAAAAUUGUUUGGAGGAGCUGAAAACGCUCGAGAAGAGAUUAGUUCCUGGAGGCUGGGCAGGAAAAGACGGGAGUAAGAGAAGGGCAGUGAUUCAAAGUAUUGGAUGGCAAUUAAAGGGGAAAGAGGCGGAAGAAAUGCUCCAGCGGCUAGAGAGAUGCAAGAGCACUUUGAACCUGGCUCUCACGAUGGAUCAAGCUGCUAUCAUCAAGAACUUGAACCAGACGCUGACGAAUGUUGAUGAGAACACCAGGUCUCUGUUCAAGCAAUUUCAGGACAUAUCAUUAGACGACAGGAAGCGCAGCAUCCUUCAGUGGCUAUCUCCAAUUGAUCCCUCUUUACAUCAUAAAGAGGCUUUAAUGGUCCGCCAAGCGGGCACAAACGACUGGUUCUUAUCAUGCGAGGAGUUUGAGCAUUGGAUAGGGAUUGAGAAGUCCUUCUUGUGGCUGAGUGGCUUCCCGGGAUCCGGUAAAACGAUUUUGAUGUCGACGUUGAUCGACUAUUUGCAGCAACACACUCAUGACAAAGUUCCUACCCUACUCGCCUACUUCUAUUGUGAUUUCAGAAGCCCGGAGACAAGCGAUCCUCUCAAUAUUGCGGGCUCUCUUCUUGCUCAGAUAUGCUUCAAGUUGGGUUCCUUUCCAGCCUCCCUCGAGGCUGCCUUCAAUAGAUGCAACCUGAGUCAAUCACCUUACGGCAAGCGGAUAAACGUGAGUACAAUCACCGAUGUCUUCGUCGAGAUAGCAAGUCAGCAUCGGGUGACGAUACUUGUCGAUGGGUUGGAUGAGUGUCAGAAACGCCAAGAUAUUUUAGUCUUUUUCCGCCAGCUGGGCACUCAGGGAAAGUUUAUCAAGAUACUUGUCAGCAGUCGAGAUGAAGCCGAUAUCCGGGAAGCUCUGUCAGAUGUCCCGAGAAUGCGUUUGGAGGCUUCUUCAGCGUGUCUGGAUCGUGACAUUGACAAUUAUAUCUCCCACCGGUUAGACAAUGAUCGAGAGUUUAAGUGGCUGAAGCCAUCAUUCCAACAGGUCAUUCGAGAGCGUCUAGGCACGAAGUCAAAGGGGAUGUUUCGCUGGGCCCAAUGCCAACUUGAUUCGAUUUCGAAAUUGAAAACCAUGAAAGACAUUAGACAGGCGCUAAACUGCCUUCCUAGGAGCCUCCAAGAAACAUACGAGAAGAUCCUAGAGAAAGUUGACCCUGGGUGUGUCGACGUCGUCAGACAAACACUACAGUGGCUAGUCUGCGAUGUCUCAACCUUCACUCUUGCAGAACUCUAUGAGUCCUUAGCAAUCGAGCAAGGCAUGGACCGCAUUGACGAGGAAGCUCAACUUAGCAGUCCAAUGGAUAUAUACGACAUGUGCGGCAGUCUCAUUGCAUUUACCGCGGAAGGCGAAGUCAUCCUCGCGCAUUUGUCAGUCAAGGACUACCUCCUAUCGGACUCAAUCAAACACGGCAAAGCCUGUGCAUUUUCCCUGUCAGCCCCAGAAGCCAACGCAGAAAACGCCUUCAGGUGUUUGACAUACCUCUCAUUCGCAGCAUUUCGGACCGGCCCCGCUCGGUCAGUAGACGAUUUCGAAGUUCGUCUUCUAAAUCAUCCAUUCUUGGAACAUGCAUCAAAAUACUGGCCCUCAUAUGCCAAAAACGCCGGCUCAUCAUGCGAUGAACUAAAAGCUCAUGUUCUGGAAUUCUUCACCCCACCUUGCCGGCCUCAAUUCAUGAGCUGGCUGCAAGUCAUCUGCUCAGAGGUGAUUACCCCCCGCCAAGACCUUAAAAGAAUUGGGAUCGAGAGAAUGUUUGGUUACAACUACUACCCCAAGCACGCAACGCCACUUUACUACGCAGCAUCAUUCGGUAUCGAACACGUUGUCAAAGCUCUACUCGAGCAAGGUGCAGAAGUCGACGCCACAGGUGGCCUUCUGGGAGCAACGGCUUUCCAUGCAGCUGCUCUACGAGGACAUAUGAAGGUCAUGGAUAUCCUGUUUCAAAAUGGCGCGGAUCCGAAUAAGAUGGAUUUCGUCAAGAUCACGCCACUCAAAUCGGCUGCGCUUGUGGGUAAUGUUGAAGUUAUCAAGUACUUGCUUGAGCAUGGCGCGGAUCCGGAUAUCAUGGAUAAUCGGAAUAUGACUGCGUAUGACUGGGUUUGUAUGUUAGGGCAUGAGGAAGCAAGGAAAGUGCUGGAAACCGUGACGGUGGGAGAAAGUUCGGACUCUUCGGACGGUGACCGUGCGAAGCGGUCGAAACCAAGCACAGCUUGGGUAACAACUGGAGCUGCGUUGCUCCCGGGCCAACGUGGGAGUUCCUCACUUCAAGGCAGUAAGCCAGGCAUCGUGGAAGUUACUAAAACUUGGUCGUCGUCGGCUCACAGAGAUAGCGAUGUACAGUGAGAAAAUAUUGUACAAGGGACGGGUGGAGUGCUGGGGCUUUCCUUGGAGUUGUUGGCGUGGUUUCGUGAUGAGAAUCUCGAGUACUUGGGCAAUAAAUAGAUCAUUUACUUUUCCACAUUGAAAGCAUUUAAUCAUACAAUGAGAU